ACUCCAUCACCCUCUGAACAAAAACAAGAACCCAGUCAACAAAUGGACUAUUUAACCAUGUUUAAAUCUUUGAAAACCAUGUGGGAUAUCUAUCAAUCAUUUACCUCCUCCUGGAAUACCAUAGCCGAAAAACGUAAUCGCGAAGAGGCAAUAGCCCAACAGAAAUACAAACAAAUGCAGCAAAUCAGAAUAAAUUCCAAGAAACCGCCAAAAUUUAAUAACAAAAAGAAUAACACACAAACUACGAAAAGUCCUAGAAAACAGACCACAACCACUACAACAGUACAGCCAGCGCUUAAUAGCUUAGAAGUGUAUACAUCAUCAGAGGAAGAAGUAGCACCAGCGAAAAAGCAACCUUUGGCUAAAGUUGAGCCCAGAAAGGGUGUGAAGGCUGAUAAGGGGAAUAACAAGGAGGUGGAGAGUUUAAGAGAUAAAAGACAGACAGACGGUGUCAAUGGCUCAACGGAUGUGGCUGAGGGACGUUAUAUUAAGGGAGAUCCUUUGAAGGGAUACUAUGAUUUUGUCAUCACAGAAGGUUCUUACAAGUUUUGGGCGGCAUUUCAGGUCGGCACUGCUAUAUUGAUUAUUUACUCUACAUUUGCUGCCAUCUACUACUCCAAGGUUAAUCCCCUCGUAAGUGAUUACGAUUAUACAGAUUAUUUGGGUGGUGCUCGAUCUCUAAAUGGUGGCGAUCUCGACUUUGUAGAUGAUGACAGUGAUGUAUUGCAAAAAGCACAACCAAAAAGCUGGCUGGAAUAUUUGCCACGUUCUGGUCAUUCGCUGAAAUUCAUAUUAGAUGCCAUAGAUAAACUGCCAACGGAUCAUAACACUCAAGAAGAGGGUAAUAGUGAAGAUUUCGCACCAGAAAGUAAAGAAGUUAAGGACAAUUUUGAUGGAAUUGAAUAUGAAGAUGAUUUAGAACCUUCUAAUCAAACAGAAAAUACACAAGAAUCAGAAAAUUCAAAUGAAACAAAACAGGAUAAUACAGCCAUGUAG